AUGUCUGCUCUACCAGAUAUUCGACAAACCUGCAAUGAUGCUCGCCGUGUGGCAGCUCAUCUACAGUCCAAUUGGUGUUAUGACCCAUUCCAGCCUGCUGCCAACCGUCGUGUCACGUCGGGGCUGGCGUGCCUCUGCGCGCUGUACCGCCACAUCUGUUCGUAUCUUCCUGAGGAAGAGUGGCCAGCGAUCGAUAAGGACACAGCGCACAGGGCUGUGCUGAGUUUCCUCUGGGCCGACUUUAACCAGCACCGUGAUGACACAGAUCCAAUCGGUGUUGCAUUCAACGACGCCCUGCGCUCGAUGCAGGAGGAGCUGGCCCCUGAACUUCGGGAGAAGAAUGACUCCAGCUUCGAGGCCCUCCGCCGUGGCAGGGUGAUGGGGAAGAUACUCUGGGAAGACGAGAAGUUCCAGCUCUACCAGCCUCUGUACUUCAGCCUGGCAGGGUCGACCGAUUGGAUCGAGCCAAAACAGGCAAUCAGCAAGCCAGAUGGCCGAGCACAGCAAGGCCUGCUGGUUUGGGGUCCAGACGAGGCCGCAUCGUCGAUGGAGUCCUUCGUGCAAGCCCACCUGGCGAUAAUCACCCCCUGGGAAAAAGGCAUCCGCUUACUGGCACUGUUCAAUGCGCCACGGGUUAUCCAGGUGAACGUGACGGCUGGCGAGGGCACAAAUUUGAGCAUCGACCGUGCCUACCGCUUCACGGUUCAGAUCCCGGGGCAGGGAGCCCAGGGAGCUGACAGCGCCCAGGAGCCGCACUCGUACGUCCUCAUCGCGGCAGUACGGCUCCGGAGCGACCACACUGCGGUACACGCAGACACGAUCCGGCUGUUCGACCUGAAUGGCGUUGAAUGCAUGCCGUUCCAGUCCCGCGCCCUGCCCGGCCGGGAGAGCUGGGGCUUCAAGCUGUCUGACCCCCUCCCCGUCGGCCAGCCUUUUGCCUUGUUCUAUCACAAGACCACAGGACACAUCAGAGACCGGCCAUCUGAGCCCGUCAUGCCAGAGCCAGAUGCUGGGUGGCACGAUCGCUUCGACCGGGCCCUGAAGAUCGACCAGGAGUGGUUUGCUGAAAUAUCAGACGGGGCUGUGGACGAUUCAGAGGACGAGGGCGAGGUCCCCGAGGCCGGCGUGGCGCCCACGCGGCGUCUACCUCGCCGGUAUCUGCCGACAUUUCUACCUCCUUCGCAGCCUCCAAAGCACCCUGGCCAGCACCAGAGAGACCCUGGUGGCCCCAUGGCCAGCAAGGCGGCUCAACAGAAACAGGCACCUGCGACUGAUGGACAGCCUCCAAGCGAAAGGCGUCCGCCGGAGCAGGCUGCUGAGCAAAAGUCAAAAUCAAAGAGUAAGAAGAGGAAAUCAAGGGGCGGCUCCCAGCAGGGCCACAGCUACCAGCAGGAGCUGCACGGUGAUCGUGACGAGGACAGCGACCGGCGGUCGUCACGUCCGCGGCGAGACCAACAGUCUGCUCCGCCUCCAAUCCGGCCCCCGUCUCCUCGCUCAGAUGCGCACCGGUCACGAAGUGGAAGAUCCUCUCGUGGUCAGCAAUACAGGCCGACCUAUCCCAAUAACCUUGACACAAACCUGCGCAGGGAUUGGAGGCACGAUGGCCGUUGA